GUCCUUUAAAAAAAUGUCUUUUUUUCAUUGUAUCGAUUAAAGUAAGGAUUUUUUUUUCUAAAUUAUAAUAUACAAACUAGUUCUAACCUAUUUGGAUUAAAAUUCCUUGUUUAUAAGAAAGAACAAGAAAAUGUUAAAGAAUACUUCUUCAAUCCUAUAUAAAAAACUGAGAGCAGGUCCUUCAGGUUGAACAGUCUUUGUUAUGCAACUAAACGAAAGUGAAAUAAUGGAUUCCCGGGAGACGGAACCGGAACCGGAACCAUGGUUGCUCGAAAACGGCGCCGUCAACCGGCUAACCAGAGAGUCCAGAAACGGCUUUGGACAUAGUCGGACUGCUCACAACCUGUCCUCCUCCUCCCUUCGUAAAAAGUCCGAUUUGUCCCUCAUCUCUACACUUUCAUCUUCAUCUCUCAGGAAUUUCCUUGGCAACCUCCAGGAGGUCAUUUUGGGAACUAAAUUAUCGAUUCUUUUUCUCGCCGUCCCACUCGCCGUCGCCGCUCAUUACUUCCGGUUGUCACAGGCAUGGAUUUUUUCGUUGAGUUUACUUGGAUUGAUUCCGCUUGCUGAGCGUGUUAGCUUUCUAACGGAGCAAAUAUCAUUCUAUACCGGCGCAACAGUGGGAGGGCUAUUAAAUGCAACAUGUGGAAAUGCAACGGAACUUAUCAUAUCAAUAUUUGCAUUAAUACAACACAAAGUGGAUAUUGUCAAGUACUCUCUUUUGGGUUCCAUCCUAUCCAACUUACUUCUCGUUCUUGGAUCCUCUCUCCUUUUCGGUGGCAUCACAAAUCUUUCAAGGGACCAAAAAUUUGAUAGGAAACAAUCAGAUGUGAAUAUAUCUCUACUACUUCUAUCUUUACUUUGCAAUGCAAUGCCCUUGCUAUAUAAACAUGCUGUUUCACCUGUUGAUUUGGUAACUGUGACAAAAGCAACAUUAAAUUUGUCAAGAGCCACUAGCAUUAUCAUGCUCCUUGCUUACUUUGCUUACCUUUCCUUUCAACUAUGGACUCACAACCAUAUCUUUGAACCACAAGAGGAUGAGGCCAAGGAUGACAAGGCGAUUGGGCUUUGGAGUGGCAUAUUUUGGCUAAUUGGAAUGACGGCCGUUAUCGCAUUGUUGUCUGAAUAUUUAGUUGACACUAUUGAGGCGGCAUCAAAUUCAUGGGGAAUGCCAUUGAGCUUCACUAGCAUCAUUUUGCUACCAAUUGUGGGAAAUGCAGCUGAGCAUGCUGGAGCUGUCAUCUUUGCUUUGAAGAACAAGCUGGAUAUAACUCUGGGCGUGGCACUAGGUUCCGCAACUCAAAUUGCUGUUUUUGUGGUCCCACUGAGUGUAAUUGUUGCAUGGAUAAUUGGUGUGAACAUGGAUCUUGAUUUUAGUCUUCUUCAAACCGGAUCACUUUCUCUAGCAAUUUUAGUCACAGCCUUCACGUUGCAGGAUGGGACUUCUCACUACCUUAAAGGGGUGGUUCUGUUGCUGUGCUACAUAGUUAUCGGGGCAAGUUUUUUCAUCACCGAUUUCCCUAAUGAGGACAUGGAUAACAAUAUGGGUGUGGGACUUGAAUCAUCAAAACUACAAAUCUCUAGAUGUUCUUCUAAGCAGGGGCGGAGACAGUACAGGGACUACCAGUUAAAAAUCAUCGGCAAUUGGCAAAGGGACUAUAUUGCAAAUUACAUUGGCCUCACUUUCUUUUACAAACUUCAAAGUCAAAUUGAUGAAGCCAAGAAGAUGAUGACAGCCAUGAAAGAUGCAGGAUACGAACCCGAUAACAUAACCUACAGCCAAUUAAUCUUUGGUCUAUGUAAAGCCCGAAGACUAGAAGACGCAGCCAAGGUGCUCGAUGAAAUGCAAGCAAAUGGUUGCAAUCCUGACAUCAAGACAUGGGCGAUUCUAAUCAAGGGACAUUGUUCAGCCAAUGAAGUUGACAAAGCUCUGAUCAUUUUCGCCAAAAUGAUUGAGAAAGGUUGCGAGGCUGAUGCGAACCUUUUGGACGUUUUGGUAAAUGGGUUCUUGAGUCAAAACAAGGCUAUUGAAGCACACCAGGUGCUUGUUGAAAUGAUUGAGACAAGACAGGUGGGUGAAACCAUGACAGGCGACCUAUAA